AACUAAUUCCAGGGUCAUAUAACGCAAAUUAUAAUUUUAUAAAUGUACACUAAAUAAUUAAAAAAAAUUGCAAAUAUAAAAAAAAUCCGCUGCUAAAUACGGCGGAAACGCGUCACCAUAGUCGGUGUAAAACGCGGAAGUAGCCAAUGACACUGUUAAAAGCUGAAUAAAAGUGAUGACUUGUCCUGAAAUCAUUUAUUGUAUGCUUUAAAAUUUAGGUCAAUAAAUAUGGAAAAUUCUGUAGUCAUCUUCUUCUUGAAAUAUAUACAUUUACAUAUGUUAUAUAUAUUUUAGUGUAAAGAUGAGAUAUUGUGUCUUUUAUUUUGGUAUGUACGUGAAAAUUGACAGAAGAGGAAUGUUUUUGUUUUUUUGUUUUCAAGAGCGCGUCGUUUUUAAAUGCCUUUACAUUUAACCAAGUGAAUAUAACCUUGAUUUAAAAAAGCCAAAUCAAUAGUUUGGACAAAAGCUCCUCGAGUAUAUGUGCUGUAUACGGAGCUGGUCAGGAUGUACUUAAAUGAGGACUGUGGAGCUGUUUAUGUCCGAGAGAAAGGAGAGCUGCGCUGUGUCAAUGCAGAUAUUCGUGCAGCUCCGCCGCAGCACAGACUCUUUAACAGAGACUUCUCAUUUAAACUCUGCAUUGACGCUUUACCUUCCGCUAGUCACACAAAGAGAAGCGAUUUCUUCAUCUUUACCUACAACAAAGAGGGUAGUCUGCGGUAUUCGGUGAAAUCUUUAUUUGACUUAUCUUUGCAGUUUAUUGCUGAUCAUAUUGAACAUGUUGAUUCACUGGUCGGUUUCCCGGAGCAAAUGGCUGAUAAGUUGUUCUCAGCCGCUGAAGAGAGACACAAAUUCAUUGACCCACAUACUGCAUCCCGAGCACUGCAGGUUUUCUGUGAGGCCUAUGGAGAACUAGUGCUAAAAUCUCUGUGUCUGAGAAAUAGGUAUCUUUUGAUAUCUGAAAGAUUGGACGAGAUCAGAAUGUUUCACAGUCUGGAAAGCCUGGACCUCAAUGGAUGCAGAUUAGGCGACAACCAUGACAUUUUUAAAUACAUAACCUCUGAGGUCCUUUCUAGUCUUGUGAAGCUUUUCUUGGGGGCAAACUGCCUUUCUGAUGCAGGCCUGCAGAGACUGACAGCACCAGUCAGAGUGAUGAAGAAAGGCCUAGAAAACUUGCAGCUUCUGGACCUCUCUGAGAAUCCCAUCACAGAGAAAGGACUUGGCUAUCUAACAUGCUUUCAAACACUACAGAAACUAGACAUAUCUGGGACAAAUGUGAAGGUGAAUUUGUUGGUGAAAGAAUUUUUCAGAAAUAAGAUGAAACUGAUCCUCUCAGAGACACCUUUGAAGAUGUUUGCUCACUCUGAUUGCAAAACAGAGGGCUGGGCUGAACAGGUUAUAAACCAAUGGGAAAUUAGAGCUGCAGAAGUACCAAAAAAAGACAACAAACCAAGAACAAAUGCUCUCCGUUUCUAUGUUGCAUCAUCAAACUGAUACAAAAGGUUGAUUGAAAAGGUAACAAUCAAUAAUCUCUUUAGAAAUCAAAUAAUCAUUUCUACUCAAUUCGAGAUAUCCCAGAAAUAUAUAUUCUCAAACAAUACAGCAUCCUAUUUCCCAAUUCUAUUUUCAGUUUUAGGUGUUAUCCCUUACAAAAAAAAAAAAAAAAAAAUCUAAACUAGCUGCAAAUUUGCCGCUCGUUAUUUUCACAUGCAAAUGUUUACCAGAAGUUUGCAGCUCUUCACAGGCAGUGGUGAACCUCCGGCAAACCUUUGGCAACAAUGGACAAUUUGCCAGGAUUGGAGUAAUAUGCUCUGAUUUUUUUGUUUGGUUGAGAAUCCUUGCAGCAGCAUUUUGAAUGAGCUGCAGCUGUCUAAUGGUCUUUUUGGGAAGGCCAGUGAGGAGUCCAUUGCAGUAGUCCACCCUACUGGUGAUGAAUGCAUGAACAAGUCUCUCUACAUCUUGACUGGGUACAAAACAUCUAAUUCCCACUAUAUUUUUUAGAUGAUAGUAGGCUGAUUAACUGCUUUGAUGUGACUACUGAAACUAAGGUCUGACUCCAAAAUGACACCAAGGUUCCUUACUUGAUUUUUUGUCUUUAGACCCUUGGAGUCAAGGUAUGCAUUCACCUUGGGAAUUUCACCUUUGUUGCCAAAUACAGUGACCUGUGUCUUGUCGUUGUUUAACUGAAGGAAGUUUCGGCACAUCUAACUGUUAAUUUCUUCAAUGCACUGGCACAGAGAGUCUAUGGGGCUGUAGUCAUUUGGCGACAGGGCUAGAUAGAUCUGGGUGUCGUCUGCAUAGCUAUGGUAUGCACAUUUUUUUUUUUCAUAAUUUGGCCUAGUGGGAGCAUAUACAGGUUGAACCGGAGUGGUGCAAGAAUUGAGCCUUGUGGGACUCCACACGUCAUGGAUGUCUACUCAGAUUCAUAGUUGCCUAUGUUCACAUAAUAACCCCUCCCUUCUAGAUAUGACCUGAACCAGCUGAGGACCAUCCCAGAGAGACCUACUCAGUUUUCCAAUCUGUCUAAGAGAAUGUUGUGGUCAACAGUGUCAAAAGCAGCACUGAGAUCUAAUAAUACCAGCACUGAUAUUUUGCUUGAAUCAGUAUUUAGCCAGAUAUCAUUAAGGAGUGAUCUUUAUGAGUGCCGUCUCUGUGCUAUGAUGCGGUUGUAAACUAAAAUAAACCAUACAAGUAGCCAAAUAUACAUCAUUCAAAAAAAGUGGUGUGUUCAAAAGCCUACAUAAAUGGUCACGUGUGUUACAAGAUAGUAACUUAGUAACCACAUCAGCAAAUGUACAUAACUUUGUUGCCAGUUCUGACAUGCCCACACAAAUAAAAAUGAUGACGUUUUGACGGUUCCAAACUAAUGACUAAACACAAACACUAUACUGCUGAAAUAACACAGGAUACUUCAAUUUGAUAAUAAGUAGCAAUUAAGAAUGUAAAAAUAGAGACUUAACACAUUUUGGUAUUUUUAUUAACAAUAUCAAGAUGACAAAUCUGAAAGAAAAAAAAAAAAAAAAGACUGAUUCUAAAACAGUUCAAGAAACUUUCACAUAUAGCUGAGAUAUCUGGUUCUUGUGCAUAAAUCAAAAUUUUAAGUUUUACUGUGCAACACAAAUUUUGUAGCUCAAAUCACAAGCUGUUAUUGAUUACACUAAGAACACACACACACAAAUCAUACCUCAUAUCUACAAAAGGGUAGAAAACAAUUAUGGAAAACUGAGAUCCUACAGAGUUUUCAUUAAAGGUAAUGCCUUUAAACUGCCAAAGUACCGAUAAAAUAUUUCCCAUAGUCCAUACUUCUCAACUUUGAAAAAGAAGAAACCAAAAUAUCCAUAGUAAAAGUCAAAUAUAGAGUUUUAAGCAAUAAUCACAAAAUGUUGACUGAGAAGACCACAUUUCUAUCUGUAAGACUUAACAGCAUGGUGACACCAGUUCCUUUGGAAGUUCCUACUCCGUGGUUAAGGUGACUCUUAAAUGUUAGAUUGAUCCAGGUUGACCUUUGAUGGAAGUGGUCCUGCUUCCAUCUCCUCUAC